UGGUCCUAGAUUCUCCUACAAGGGGAAACAACCUAUCUGCAUUUACCCUGUGGAUGUUUGAUUAAAUAAAAAUACAUUAGAAUUGAUGUGAUGUGUUGGCAUGUGAUCAUUACUGAAGAUUCAGGACAGCAUUGUAACUUUAACUGGUGAGGGAUUUCAUUCCCUCCCUCAUUCUCCUACUGAGGUGGAGUCCUGUGUGAAGGCGCACAGGAUAGCUGUACCUUCACCUUGUCGCAACCAACAAAUGCAACGUGUUCUGGAGAUGGUUGGGGGAAUAUUCCAGCACAACCUAAAGAAAGCAGUUAUACCCCUCACCAUGGUGCUGAAUUAAAAUGUUUUACUUCUAGGGUCCCCUGUGUUGCUUGGUGCUGUAAAUGGGCUGACCAUCUAAUGGCUAUAAAUGGCUUGAUAUCAGCCAGGACUUGUGCUCCUGGUCAUGAUCCACCAACUCUUUCUGUUAAAUAAGUAGGGACAGAAUGGGCUUGACUGUAGUUCCCCGUCUCCCAGUCAAAUAGCCUGCCAGAACCCAGUGUCAAAACUCACAUUUGCAGUGUGCCGUCUUAGACUGCCCCAGUGGGUGACGUGUGGGCUGAGAUCAAGCAUGUAGGAAUUAGGAGAUGCAAAUGAAAACUUUGUAUGGGAUUUUAGGUUUGAAGUAAUGAUUUGUGUUCUGAUGUGACACUGUAUAAAUGCAAAUCUCUCUUACCCUGAUGCUAGUGUUUUCCUGCAACUGUCUAGCUGUUUCCUCCAUCAUGUUCGCUCCUCGUCAGCACAGCAAAGGCCCAAGUCAAGAGCUGAUGUCAUCCCAUCCUAAGAAACAUGCAGAGACUACUAUGAAACACAGACCACAAAGAUCGAUGUUGCCUUCUGUACCUACUAAACGGAUUCUGAUGCAUCAGCCCACAGUCAAGGAGAGAGUUCCAAAAGAUCUGAGACGCUUCAGUCGUGACAGUGGAACACUGGGUGAUAUAAUUUUUGACUUUUACGUGAAAAAUGCAACUAUGCCAUUGUAUUUGGAAAAUAUGUUAGAAGACACUGGUGACUUGAUGAAUAACAUAGCUAAGGAGGAACAUUUGCAAUCUAUAUUCGACCAAUCUGAGCACAGUGAUCCUUACGUUACCCAAAACAAUGGCAAUAUGAAUGGUGAUAGUCUCCCUUAUCUGAACAUUGAAACUUUGGGCAUAGAUCUUGAUCCGGUAGAUUCAGCAGACUUCCAUCAUGCUUCAUCUGAUGUAGAACGAGAACUGCAGCUCUUUUACCAGAUGUUUGAGGACUAUUUGAGGUUUAAAGCUCACAGGUCACAAAAAGAAAGAUCAGAUAUAAGGAACAAAAUAGAAACAACCUGUGAAAAAAUACUUAACAAGAAAGGAUCAAAAGAGGUUUCUUGGAAAGAAAAUCAAGUAGCUGUCACUAGAAAAUCUGAAGGCAUAUCUAGUUACUCACCUGAACAAACUACGAAUGGGUAUUCUCAGACAGAAAAGUCAACAGCCCUGAUUCAAAAGAACAUUUCUAAGCAGGAGAAAGAAUUUUCUUCAUUUGAAAGUCUUGUUAAAACAAUGCUUAAUGCUUUUCCCAACCCUUCCAAAGAGUCUCCCAUGCAGAAAAAAGAAACAGAAUAUAUCCAUAAUCAAUUGAAGCCAGGCUUUUCAAUGAAAGAGUCAAUCAUAAUUCAGAGUGUCGAGCACAUUAAUGAUGCGAUUCCAACAGCAAAGUUCUCCCAAACAUUGUCAACCCUGACUAAGUCUACUGGAAACAGAUCUCAGAAAUUUGACUCGCAUGCUCCAAGCACAGCACCUCAGAAAGAUUACUUCUCCGUUUCAGCCAAAAGACCUCAGAAAAAUGAAUUCUCCAUGUUGACCACAGUUUCCCAGCCAGAGAACCUUUACAAAUCAAAUACAGUUCCUCAGCAAGAUACCUUCCUCAUGUCAACCACAGAACCUCAGCACAACGGAUUCUUCAUGUCAAACACAGCUCCUCAACAAAAUAAUUUCUUUACAUCAACCACAGAACCUCAGCACAAUGAAUUCUCUAUGUCAACUACAAUUCCUCAGAAAGGUAAUUUCUCCAUGUCAGCCCCUGUUCCUCAGAAAGGUAAUUCCUCCAUGUCAGCCCCUGUUCCUCAGAAAGGUAAUUCCUCCAUGUCAGCCCCUGUUCCUCAGAAAGGUCAUUUCUCCAUGUCAGCCCCUGUUCCUCAGAAAGGCAAUUUCUCCAUGUCAGUCUCAGUUCCUCAGAAAGGCAAUUUCUCCACGUCAGCCCCUGUUCCUCAGAAAGGAUCUCACAUACAUGGCUUACCAACUUCAAAUAAGCCAUCUCACAAACAGGGUUCAGGCACAUCAAGUGAACUAUCUCCAAAGCAUGGUUCACUUUAUCCUACUAAACAACCUCAGAAACAUGGCUCACCUACCCCAACCAAAGUGUCUCAGAAACAUGGCUUGCCCACCGCAACCAAAGUAUCUCAGAAACAUGGCUCGCCCACCCCAACCAAAGUGUCUCAGAAACAUGGCUCGCCCACUCCAACCAAAGUAUCUCAGAAACAUGGCUCACCAACUACGAGUAAAUCACAUCAGAAACAUGUCUCACCCACUCCAACCAAAGUAUCUCAGAAACAUGGCUCACCCAGUACAACUAAAUCACCUCAGAAACAUGGCUCACCGACUGCAACCAAAGCAUCUCAAAAACAUGGCUCAACAACCAUUACCAAAACACCACAGCGAUAUGAUUUACAUACUUUAACCAGCCAAUCUCAGAAACAUGGCUCAUCUACCGUAUCCAAACCUUCUCAAAGACAUGGCUCACCCACUACUACCAAAGUGUUUCAGAAACAUAGCUCACACAGUCCAGACACAAGCCACAAUGUAACCAUGGAUGACAUUAAUACUGCACUAAAUUUGCUUCAAACAGGAGGCCAUCACCCUCUAAAGAAAAGCCAGUCAUUAAGCAUGAAUGCCACAGAAAUUAAUCGACAGAUCCAUCCAAAAAAUGACUCAAUCACAGAAAAUACAAGAACUAUUCACCACAAAGGGCUACUCAGAAGUUUGAUCAUUCCUGAAGGAGAUCUUGACCAUCAACAUACAUUUAAUCCAACUUUAAUCAUUGAACAAGUAUCCAGCACUCCUUCUGAUAAUCAGCUAUCCUUAGGGCAACAAUAUAAAGUAGUCAGAUUAGCACAGCAAGAUAAUCAGGAAUUGCCGCAAGGUCUAUCAGAGAUAACAAAGAAUUCUGACAUACCUUCUGUUGAAAAUUUAAUGAAAGAUUUGGACAAGCAGUUCUCAAAACGAAAACCAACUAAAAAUGACAUAAAUAAUAUCAAAGCUGCCUUAGAUCAGUUGAAUUUAAUACUAUCAAAGAGUGAAAAUUCUGAAGAAACUUCUCAAAGUACUACCAAAGAGGUAACACCGAAAAGAAAACCUUUCAAAAGAAAACAAACGCCAACACAGUCAAAGCAAAGCCAAGGGUUGAUUAAUGAAAUGAAUAAAGGGUCAGUUAGAGGUCUCUUCACUCAUAAUGGAAGUCUCAAGUAUGACCAUGCUGAACAAAAGAGGGAAUUGUCUAAUAGGGAGACACAGAGUAAUAUAGUCAGUAGCUCCUUGGAUAGCCAAAAUAUCCUAGGUCAAAAACAAGUAACAGGGGAGCUAAAACAGUCAAAUAAUUUGUUUAGGGGGCUACCAAAUUCGGCAUCGGAGCACCCCAAUGUGCACCAGCUGGAAAAGCUUCUAAUUGAAACAAAAAAAGAGUUUUCUCAAAGAAAUCCCACUGAAAAUGAUGUAGGGUAA